GAGCAAACAUGUAAAAGAGGAGGAGUCUCAAGAUGAUUACAUCUGUACAACAAAAGUCUUGGGUUAAGUAUGACUGACACUGUAGCACUCAUUCUAUGCAAUCUAUUUCUAUACAUCUCAUUAUAAAGAAAACAUCUAGGAAGAGGUGAGUUGAAUGUUUUUGGUUGUUGCACUGUCUGGUGUCAUAUCUGCUUGAACCUCUGCACCGUAUGUUCAGCACACAGACUGCCAGACUAUCUGAUUUAUUCCACGCUCCAAUUUCACAUAAUUUUGGAAACACCACACACUGUUCUUAGCUGUAAUUACCAUGACGUUGUAAGCAAGAGGCUAGAUAAUAGUGAUGUGCCCAUGCUACACAUACAGUGAUUUCAGUCGUACGUACAUACACCAGUCAUCCAUACCAAUUAAAACUGCUGACACAUGAAGUGAAUAACAUUUAAUUGUCUUGUGACAGUGGCACCUGUCAAGGUGUGUCAAGUGAUUUUCAAAGUUGAUGUGCUGGAAGCAGGAAAAAUGGGCAAGAAUAAGGAUUUGAGUAACAAGGGCCAAAUUGUGAUGGCUAGAUGACUGGGUUGCAGCAUCUCCAAACCAGCAGGUCUUGUGGAGAUUUCAUGGUAUACAGUGGUUAGCACCACCCACAAUUGGUCCAAGGAAGGAUAACCGGUGAACUAGCGACAGGGUCAAGGGUGCCCACAGCCCAUUUACCUGGAGGUGAAGGCUAGCCUGUCUGGUCUGAUCCCAUGGAAGAACUACAGUAGCACAUAUUGAUAAAUUUAAUGCAGACGAUGGGAGAAAGGAGUCAGAACACACAGUGGAUGGGGCUGCAUACCAGCCAGAGUGCCCAUGCUGACCUUGCCCACUGCCGAAAACUCCUACAAUGGGCACAUACAUGAGCAUCAGAACCAGACCAUGGAGUAGUGGAAGAAGGUAUUCUGGUCUGAUAAAUUACAUUUUCUUUUCCAUCAUGUGGACAGCCUGGUUCAUGUUACUUACAUGGGGAAGAGACGGCACUGGGAUACACUAUGGGUAGAAGGCAAGCCAGCUUUUGUGUGUGAGCGUGAGGAUGCCCCAUGUUCUCCUGGGAAACUGUGGGUCCAGGCAUUCAUGUGGGUGUUACUUUGACAUGUACCUACCAACCUAAAUAUCGUUGCAGACCAAAUAUACCCAUUCUGGCAAUGGUAUUCCUUAAUGGCAGUGGCUUCUUUUAGCAGGAUAUUUUGCCCUGCCACACUGCAAAAAUUGCUCAGGAAUGGUUUGAGGAAAGGUGGCACAGUGGUGCCAUGGUUGGCACUGUUGCCUCACAACAAACGGGUUCUGUGUUUGAACGUGCUUGUUGAUUAGGGCCUUUCUGUGUGGGGUUUGCAUUUUCUCCUUGUACCUGCAUGGGUUCUCUCUGGGUGCUUUCACAUUGCUCCCACAGUCUAUUUGGUCCACUAGCGACUGUAAAUUGACCAUAGAUGUGCAUGUGAAUGGCUGGCUAACUUGCUUUGUUAACUUUGCGGGAGACUGGUAACCUGUCUGGGGUGUUCCCUGCUUCUCCCUGAAUGUCAGCUGGGAUUGGUUUCAGCUCACCAGUUACCUGCAAUGGAUAAGUGGUAUAGAAGAUGAAUGGUUUGAGGAGCAUAGUAAAGCAUUAAAGGUGCUGAUUUGGCUUCCAAAUUCCCCAGAUCUUGAUCUGUUCCAGCAUCUAUUGGAUGUUCUGGACAAACGGGUCUAAUCUAUGGUAGACCAACAUUCAUAGUGUUGCUUUCAUCCCUUAUCCUAAUUGUGAUGAGCUCUACUGUUCAGUGUGAAUUCCAAACUGUAUCAUAAUGAUUACUUCCUGGCUCCUUUGUUGUUGUCCAGGAUGCAUCGAGGCACGUUCACCCUACAAAUAUCGUGUGCCUAAAUGUGUCCCAGAACAUUUCUGAAUGUAGUUUGAGUGAUCAGAUUGCACUGUGUCUUCCCUGUUCACACCUGUACUUAGUGCUGUCCACUUAUGAUCCGUUUUUCUAGGAUGCAUGUUAAUGCCAAGUGUGAACAGGGCCAUAGGCCAUCUGCUUAUUGAAUUAGCACUAGCAGUCCCCUGGGGGAAGGGAAAUCUAUUCUUCCUGGGAUCCCACAGAACCCUAAGGGCCUGCUUUUGUGAUGGCUGUUUGAUCUUGGAGAAUCUUUUGAUCAGAGUGCUUAAAGACUCAAUCCCCCUCCGUUACUCAAUGAUAUUGUAAUACCUUUUAUUUUCUUCUCCAGAAAAAGAUGAUGCCCAGUUACAAGUCUUCUCCUGCUUCUGGUGUUCCCUUUCCUAUACAUCUCAAAUUUACCUCUGCAAACACAUCACAAGGUGCCACUCUGAAGAAUAUGAGAGACUGAUAAAAUCAGGAGAGAUGAUUAAUCAGAAUCUUAUUCUGGCAAGAAACUCCAGCAUUCAGCAAACAAUCUCUGGUUCUCUGCGAAUGCACAAGGAAGUUUAUCAGUGCUUGCAAUGUGGGAAGAGUUUUACUGAUCAGAAGAAUCUCAGACACCAGCACAUUCACACAGGAGACAAACCACACCACUGCUCACAGUGUGGGAAGAGUUUUGUUCGACAGGGUGAUCUCCAAAUACACCUGCGCAGUCACACAGGAGAGAGGCCGUAUCGCUGCUCACAGUGUGGGAAGAGUUUCACUCAACAUGGUAGUCUCCAUCAACAUCAGCGUAUUCAUAAUGGAGAAAAGCCAUACCACUGCUCAGAGUGUGGGAAGAGUUUUAAGCAACAGAGUCAUCUCCAGACACAUCAGCGCAUUCACACAGGAGAGAGGCCGUAUCACUGCUCACAGUGUGGGAAUAGUUUUGUUCGACAGAGUGAUCUCCAGACACACCAGCGCAUUCAUACAGGAGAGAGGCCGUAUCACUGCUCACAGUGUGGGAAGAGUUUCGCCCAUCCCAGUAAUCUCCAACGACACCAACUUGUUCACACAGGCGAGAAGUCGUAUCACUGCUCACAGUGUGUGAAGAGUUUUGUUCGACAGGGUGAUCUCCAAAUCCACUUGCGCGUUCACACAGGUGAAAAGCCAUAUCGCUGCUCAGAUUGUGGGAAGAGUUUUGCACAACACAGUAAUCUCCAACGACACCAACGCGUUCACACAGGAGAGAAGCCAUAUCACUGUUCAGAUUGUGGGAAGAGUUUUAUUCAACAAAGUGAUCUCCAGACACACCAGGUCAUUCACACAGGAGAGAAGCCGUAUCACUGCUCACAGUGUGGGAAGAGUUUUACUCGACUGAGUACUCUGAAAGCACAUCAGGUCAUUCACACAGGAUAGACUUAUGAAGUUGGGCUCAUGCCAUUUUGCAAUUUGAAUUUUAAUAAAGGCAAUAUAGAUUUCACAUGUUCUAUGUUGCUAUUCUGAAUUUGUACCAUUCCAUCUGAAAUUGAACAGCUAUUGAAUUUUGUGAUUUUGCAAAGAGCAAUUUAAAAGUCUGAAACCAAAUUUGCUUCAGGGUGACUUUUGACCUAGUGAUCUAGCAUAAGGAUGUGUUUUUAUAGAGAUUGCAGAGCACGUCCAUACAUUGCUCUGGAUAAGGGUGUCUGCCAAAUGCUAGGAAUGUGAAAGUAAAUGAUUGAAAUUAACUGAAAAAUUUAUUCAAACAGUCUGUAUCUUCAAUAAUUUCAUAUUUACUUUUUUUUUUAAAUAACGUGCUGUCACACACAACUUUGGCUGAGUCUAUGGACAGGAGCUUAUGUAGAUUAUUGGUAUGUUAUAUUUCUAUACAUUGCCAUUUGUUCAGCUUCCAAGGCUUUAUGAUUAUAAAAAAUAUAAUCAAGCACUUUUCAAAACUAAGUGCUUUACAAGCAUUAAAACAAACUCAAUUAUAAUGAAAUGGAAAUGCAGGACAGCAACAGUAAUAAUAAGAUGGGUAAGACAUUCUGGAAAUAAAACUGUGCUGUAAUUUAAUAAAACACUUUCUUAAAGAGUUGUAUUAAAAGUGAUUGAAAAGAUGUCACUGAUCCUUCAAGUCUCAGAUUCUGAGGCAAGGCGUUCCAUAGCUGAGGGGUCCUGACUGCAAAAUCUCGGUCACCUUUAGUCAUGAGGCAGGACUAGGGAACAGCAAGUAGAGCCCUGCUUGAGGAUCUGAGGCUGUGUGCUGGCUCAUAGAGGUGUGUAUCUGGGAGCUAAACCAUUGAAGUGCAUUUAAAAGUCAUCAGUAAAACCUUAAAAUCAAUUCUAGAACUUGGUGGUAACCAGUGGAGUCUAAAAUGGAGCUGAUGUGAUCUAAUCUUCUAGUAUUAGAUACAAGUCUAACAGCUGCAUUUUGUACCAACUGUGAAGGUGUAAGGGUGAUUUUUAUU